AUGGUCUCAACACUCUCCUCCUCCUCAGGCGGCAUCCGCGAACGCUCCACCGUCCUCCUGACCCGCACCCGCACAAAAUACCGCUGGCCCCCUCUCCAAUUGAACUUCUGGAUCCUCAUGAUGUUAAUCGCUUCCUGCACCAUCCUAGGUAUCUCCGCCUACUUUCUCUCUGUCCAAAAUCAGCUACAUCUCCGUGUUCCUUGGUAUUUCCCCUACUGGGUCGUCUCUGCUUCUCUCGGUGUCGUAUUCCUGCUUAUUAUGCUCUGGCUCAUCUCGCAGCGUCAAUUGCUUCCGGGUAUCGUUAUAUUAGGGACUUUUAUACUGUUCGUAUUAUGGCUAGUAGGAUUGAUUGUGUGGAGUAUCGAACUUUGGGGUCCUACGGGAAACGUAAAUGGAAACUGCAAUUUGUAUGUUACGGCGAAUCCGCAGAGUGGCCCUUACUCGUCGACUUUGGCGUGGUUGAUGCAACAUUCGAUUUGCCAGAGUUGGAUUGCGGCGUGGGCGUUUAUGUUGAUUGGGGUUGUCUUUUUGUUCUGGAUGAUGAUUAUGAGUUAUCAGGUUUACAGGAUGGAUGAUUAG